GGGAGGGACUCGUCCCAGCGAGUUUGGGGAGCCGGUUUAAAGGUUGACGUUUGCGUGCGUGCGUGUGUGUGUGUGUGUGUACGUGUGCGCCGCUUAAGGAGUGGAGCGCAUUUAUGUGGUUCGCGAGCGCUUGAGGCGAAGCAGGCGCGCGGCGAUUUUGACGGAGAAGCCGGCGCUGCGCGGUCUGAGCCCUGCGUCCCCGUCGGGUCGCUCCUAUCCCGGACCAUGGACCGCCUCCACGUAUUGGAUCAACUCGUCCCUGAACUCACUGUGCUUCUCAAGCUCUUAGACCAUGAAUACUUGAGCUCCACCACCAUAGAGAAGAAAACAACCGUCUCAAAUAUCUUGCAGAAGCUGCAGCCCCCAGCAGGAAAGGACAUGAACUACAUGUAUAUGAAUACAGCAACUCUCCAUAAUGGCACUAGCUUUGUAGAGUCACUCUUUGAAGGAUUUGAUUGUGACCUGAGCAAUCUUCAGGACAUGCAAGAAGAUGAUGGUGAGGCUAAAGAAGGCGUCAGCUUAGAGCUUUCAAGGAGCCAGUCUGCUAAAAGUGUUUCUGGGGAGCCACCUCCACCAUUGCCCACCACUCCACCCCCUGAAGAUUAUUACGAGGAGGCCCUGCCCCUGGGCCCAGGCAAAGCCCCUGAAUACAUUACCUCCCACAACAGCUCCAGUCCCCCCAACUCCAUCGAAGAUGGGUAUUAUGAGGAUGCAGAUAGCAAUUACCCUGUCACCAGAAUGAAUGGAGAACAGAAAAACUCUUAUAAUGACUCUGAUGCAAUGAGCAGCUCUUAUGAGUCUUAUGAUGAGGAAGAGGAGGAUGGGAAGGGCCAGCGGUUGACACACCAGUGGCCCUCAAAGGAAGCAUCCAUGAACCUGGUGAAGGACUGCAGGAUUUGUGCUUUCCUUUUGCGGAAGAAGCGCUUUGGGCAGUGGGCCAAACAACUGACGGUCAUCAAGGACAACAAACUUCUGUGUUACAAAAGCUCCAAGCACCGAGAGCCACACCUUGAGGUACCCAUGGGUGUUUGCAACGUCGUCUACGUGCCAAAAGAUGGACGCCGCAAGAAGCAUGAGCUGCGUUUUUCCCUGCCGGGAGCCGAAGCCCUGGUGCUGGCAGUGCAGAGCAAAGAGCAGGCUGAAGAGUGGUUGAAGGUGAUCAAGGAAGCGAGCAGUCCAAGUGGAGGUGGACCCAGUGCAGCUGAAGUUCCCACAUCUCCUGUACUUUUGUGCAAGGUGGACCAUGACAAGAGGUCUUCACAGGACAAACACACCUCUGACUCUGACAGUGUGGCAACAGCAGAAAACUGCUCCUCUGCGGCUCGAAGGGAGCCCCAUGAGCAAGGGAAAGGUAAAAAGAGCGGCUUGGCAGAGUUAAAGGGUUCCGUAAGUCGAGCAGCUGGGAGGAAAAUCACCAGGAUUAUCAGCUUCUCUAAGAAGAAGCCAUCCCCUGAGGACACUCAGACAUCUUCUACAGAGGAAGACAUCCCAUGCUGUGGCUAUUUGAAUGUUCUGGUGAACCAAUGCUGGAAGGAACGUUGGUGCCGUUUGAAAGGCAACACCCUGUAUUUCCACAAGGACCGCACUGAUUUGAGAACGCAUGUGAAUGCCGUUGUUCUGCGGGGUUGUGAGGUGGCACCAGGAUUGGGCCCCAAACACCCUCUUGCUUUUCGCAUCCUUCGCAAUGGACAAGAAGUUUCUGCCUUGGAGGCGAGCAGCUAUGAAGAUCUGGGGCGCUGGCUUGGGCUGCUGCUCGUUGAAACUGGUUCCCAGACAACACCAGAGGCUUUGCACUACGACUAUGUGGAUGUGGAGAAAAUAGCCAACAUCAUUAAUGCUGUGAGACACUCCUACAUGUGGGCCAGCUCUUCCCUUGAGAACCAAAUGGAUUCAUCCCGUGUGUUAUAUGAUGAAGUCCCCUAUGAGAAGGUGGAGCCAGAAAAGCCAGGGAGGCCCUCGGGAUCUCAGGUGAAGCGCCAUGGCUCUUCUUGCAGUGAGAAAUCCCGCCGUGUGGAUCCACAAGUUAAAGUCAAGCGACAUGCCUCAAAUGCCAACAACUACAAGUAUGGCAAGAACCGGGCUGAAGAAGAUGCCAGGAGGUUCCUAACUGAGAAGGAGAAAUUGGAGAAAGAAAAGGCGUCCAUCCGGAAUGAGCUUACAGGUCUGCGCAAAGAAAAGCGGGAGCUACGAGAGGCCAUGAAGAACAGCUCAGGUAAAGACCUCAAAGAGUUAGAGCAGCGUGUCACUGCCCUGGAAGAGCAAUGCAAAGCCAACGAGGCACGGCGUGUGGACCUAGAGCUUAAGCUGACAGAGGUGAAGGACAGGCUGAAGCAGUCGCUGGCAGGAGGGCCAGCUCUGGGACUGACUGUGACCAGCAAAGCAGAAAACAAGGAGACGGCCAUCCAGCCGAAUGGAAACCCUCCAGAGCCCUUGGUCCCAGUCAACUGUGCAGCAGAAAUGAGGAAGCGAAGCCCCUCCCUUGUCCCAGCCAACAAAGGGAAUGUGCUCCAGAAGGCCAAGGAGUGGGAAAUGAAGAAGACAUAAAGGGUCAGUAGGCCGCCAUCCCUGAGGAGAUCUCCUCUCAAGCAUCGAGACACAUUUGGGAAAGGCUACAGCAAUGCAAGCGCCUUUCAUCCCUCAAGGAAACUGCGGAAGGAUUUUGAGGAACUUGGUGCCCUUCAACAGGGAGAGCACCCGCCCUCCAGGGAGUGAAGGAUUAACCAACAGACAGGCUGUUGAGAAUGGGUCUGGGUAACUGGGGAGGGAGGGAGCUUGGGAAAAGCCGGGUGGGGGAAGGGAAGUCCUUUCAAGGAUUUUGUUUUCUUAAGUGUGUUCUCAGAAUAUUUUUUCUCUGAAUGGCCUAAGAGGGGUACCUCAUAUAGGCCUGGCAUGCCAGCUAUCUCGAUGGAUCCAUUUUGCUCCUGGUGAUGAUGCAACAGGAAAGUGGAUGUUCUGGUCUGGUGGGGAGGUGACGGUGAUGGUGACAUGGUUCAGGAGAGCCUCAUUUGGUCAAGCCAGGCAAUGAUCUUGGGCAAGUCACCUUCUUAACUUCCUUGUUGCCUUUCCCCUCCCAUCAGAAGGCAGGUGAGCAUCCAUCACCUCCAGGAAACGAGGCAUGACACAGAAGUGCCUUGCAAUCCGUCCUCUGGAAGGAUGCUCUUUACAGCCUGUCUCACGAUCCCGAUCUGGGCAGCUGCCAAUAACUUAGCCCACAGGCAGGGCAACAACAGAAAGCCAGAGAGAGAAAAGUCAUUGACAACCCAGCCUUUUAUUUUAAAUCUCAGGACGGCCAGUACUGACAUGUGCUAAGAAUACUUUUGUCAACCUUCAUAGUCUUUCUCAGGCUACUAAGUAACAUUUUACAUGUGAAAAAUAGAAUCAAUAGCUACAGAAGGGCACAGGGAGUGUUCCUUUCUCCAUUCAUCCAUCCAUCCAUCCAAGGUCAGUCUUUUCAGUUCUCCUGCCUUACCUUUGUUGCAAUCCAUUUCCUUACUCAUCCUUGCUCUUUUUGCUAAACAGCAGAGCUGGGAUUCCCACUUGUAGUGAUGGGAGAGAAAGAGGCAUGAACAAAAGGACAAAGGCAGCAGGAGAAAUGACUGCUGCAAAACAUUUCCCAGCAUCUGAGCUAUUUUCUAAAAAGGGACUGUCUCUUUAGUCAUCAAGGCUGCUGAAAGCUUUUUUCCUCUGUAAAUCAGCCAUUGGAAGAUGCUGUCUGCACUCUCAAAACCACAAAGAUGUGAUACUGCCAUUUCUAUUAAAAAGAAAGCAUAUUUUUCUUUAGUAGAGAGUGGGUGGGUGAGGUCAUUUUGGAAGCCGUGGUGUCCACCUGCCUUCAUGUGCAUAAGGUCUCUCAUCCAUUUCAGGCCUGCUUCAAUAGUGGAAGAUGAUAAUCUGAGCAAGGCCCGAGGAGCAGACACUUGUAGUUCUUCACUGCUGUGCCAUUCCAGCAGACCAGAAACUGGAGCGACCUAGUUUUUUUUUUUUCACAGGGGGUGGUGGGCGAGAUGCUCGUCUCUGUCAGGAUACAUACUGUGGCAUACUUUUUGUUAUUUAAGAACUGUCUGCACUUUACGAUCUGCAUCUUCUCCCCCUGCUUUUCCUCCCAAUAAAAAAAAAACCUUUAUACAGA